AUGGAUGCAUCCACACGGCUCUACAAGCGCCUAGGAGAGAUACCAGAGGACCCAAACGACCCCGAAAGUCUAGACGACCUGAUAGUCUGCGCAUUCGGCGCCUUCGAGCGAUACUACGUGUGCUGGAAGACCAAAGGAGGAGAGUUUAGACAAGAUGGCUACGAUCUCCCUCCCGCACUCAAGGACUGGCUCUACCCCAACGACGGCACAACACGAGACUUCGCAUCCCUUCAAGUCGUCUUCGGGCGAGGCGAAGAAUACUUCGCAUCCGACAAGAACGGCAAGCUGGAGUACAAAGAGCCGGAACUGAAGAAGCAAGCGCCUACUGAAGAUGAAGAGAAGCUCGAUAGGCAAGCACUGAGGAGAUCGAGAACGGUGUCGUUCUUGCGGCCAUUGUCGGAAACGAGCAUACGAUCUGAUAGCGGAGUGAGUGAUACGAAUAGGAGUAAGCGGUCAAGUUCGAUCAGUUCGCAACGAGCGAGUCGGCCGCCGAGCUUGAGUUAUACGAGUUCGAGGACGAACUCGGAUAUUUCGCUGUUGGGCGAGACGAUUGUUGAGGGGCAGAUGAGGCAACCGGGACGACCUUCGUAUAUAUCGCAGUGGACAGCGCUCGGUUCGAGCGCGGGUGAGUUGGAACAAGUAGCGUCUCCGCAAGUAUCAGAUGAUAGGAUACAUACCGAAUCAGUGAUGGAACGAGAAGGCAAGAUGGAAUCGAUGAAGACGGCAUCUCCAGCAUCAGUUGCAACUACACCGCUACGACCCACCGUAGCCUCGAACACCAUGAUAUUACAGCGGAGCCCUCCACCUCGACGAAAACCUACGUCAAACACUCCAUCAUGUACAUGCAACUGCCACACCUCACAAUCACCGCCAAAAUCGACUUACACAACCACCGCAACACAAACAUCACCUCCCCCUUCUCCACUUCACCGAGACAACCCAUCUUCCUCCUACUGGCCCUCACAAGCAAACUACUCUGCCAUACCCCAAGAUCCGUCUUAUUAUACAGACGAAGAGUACGAUACACCACCAGUCUUCAUGGGGCGUAUGUCGACGUAUUUUAGCAAACCAGGGUAUCAAUUGGGAGACAGCUUGUUUAGUGGGUAUCAGCCGAUUGAUUGGGGAAGUGGGUAUGAAGAAGUCGAGGUCGAGGGGGAUAGUUAG